AUGUUGAUUGCUUAUAUGAGAAUUAUUAAAAUAUCGAGCAAAUUUCAUAGUGAAGCAUUACAUCACAUUCAUUUUUCGAAUCCUGAAGCUGAACCAAUAUAUAUUUAUCAUCUUGGCCAACCUAAAAAUUUUGAAGAAUGGGAAAGAAAUUAUGAUGAAUUUUCAAUUUGGAAAUAUGAUGAUGAUAAUAUUAAAGCGAGAAUUGAAAAUUUUAAAAAUAUAGAUCAUUAUCGAUUAUUUAAUUAUCUCCAAGUUAUUGUCAUCAAGACCUAUGAAAUAUUGUUUUUGUUUUUAAUGCGUCUGCUUAGACCGAAAUCUGAUAUUCUUAUGAAUCUUGAUUUUGUGAAACUUUAUGGUACGGUUGAAAAAUUGCAUCAUGAAUUAGAGGAAUUAGAAAUUCUGUGA